ACUUCGUUCGCAGUGAAUUUUCCGUCACAUAAAAGGAGAGGAUGCCUCUGAAAAAUCGUAUGGAAAAAGAAGUGGGGAUUUUUUUCUGUGUGUUUGUUUUGAACUGAAAAUAAACAGUCUAUGAGGCCAUGAGAUCCAGCUGGCAGACGGACUGACUGCAUCACUGCUGAUGCCUGUAUGAGCUGAGAGGUGCAGAUGCGGUCUGUCUGGGUGCUGUGUCUGGAGUAAAACCUCUCUGAACCGGAGGAAGGAGUCCUGAACCAUGGAUAAACCAGAAAGGUGCGCCUGUAAUGCUCAGGGGUGAGGAGGAGAGCAGCUGAGGAGGAGGAGAUGGGCUGCACCUCUGCCAAGCAGGUGUCUGCUGUGCCCAACAGUGAGGAGGGCCAGAGCAAAGCCUACAGCAACGGGGACCUCCUCUCUGAUGAGUACAAGAUGAAAGGAGUGGAGAAAGUCAAGUACAUCAGCGGAGAUGAGGGAGGAGUGGAUGGCCAGGACAGCACCGAGAAAAGUGCUCUACUUGGUAAAGGUCAACACAUGGAUGAAACAGGAUCAAAUGGAAACGGAAAGAUACUGAGCAUCCACUCAUCAGAGAGUCAGCAAGAAUUCUUCAGGAUGUUGGAUGAGAAGAUUGAAAAGGGCCGAGACUACUGCUCAGAGGAGGAAGAUCUGACAUAGCACUGUGGUCGUGUAUCCAUCAGUCCCAGUAUGAGAGGAACUGUCACUGCAGUGUUAUGGAUGGACCGUACCAUGUUAUACCAUAUCUAAAGGGGACCCUGUCUUGUUUUUGACCGUCCCGUGUAUGAAACACACCCGACAAGAAUGGAUUACCAACUUGAAUCAAGCACCUUUUUGCCCUCCUGCCCACAACUCAAUUCCUGCUUGUCUGAUCAACCCCUGAGGAACGAUGACAACCAAAAUCAAUGAUGGUUCAGUUUUCAUGGUUCUCCAGGGGGAGAGAACAAUAUUUAGGUUUACAUACCUGAUGAAGCCAUUACACGAUGACAGAGAUUUUGAGGAACUUUUCUUUCCCUGCUUGGAUAACUCCUGAAAGGUCAAUAUAUACACAGCUGUCACUGAGACUUCCUGUAGACAUUUGAAACACUCAGGCUGUUGCAAAUGUACAUUUCCAGCAGCGGAAGCAACCAGUGCUCUUGUGGACACUGACUCAUAGUGAAAAUAAUCUCUCUAUCUGCAUCAUUUUGAAUAUUUCGUCCUUGAAUGCCUCCCUGAAAAGUCAACAGGUUGGAAACUUCCUGCAUUCCAAGACACAGUAUGAACCUCUUUUCUACAAUAUGUUGGCCAGUACGGUGUGUUCGUCUGUCCAUGUCUGUUUCUGUUAUGAUGUAGAGUAUUUAUGUUAAAUAAGGCUCAGGGUUGAAGUGUUGUAAUCUUUGUCUCAUGUAGUCAAGUCCUUCCUCUCAUUAAGACACUAUUGCACCAUUAUAAAGUCACAUACACACACUCACACAGCAGGGUCACUGAAGCCCCCUGCAGUAUCUGUUCCUUGUUAACCCCACGGGGGAGACACUGCAAAGUCACAUUAUUAGUCUGAUUCAGUAUUUCGCUCACCAGUGUUAUGUUUUGUCGUGUUCAGUUUCUAUGUUGAAUUUUUGUUUUUCUAGAAAAAUAAAAAGUGUUUUCGGUAAUUUA